CGAUGAGCGUGGAACGCAAAUGUCUCUCUUAUCGUGAUUUUCGAUUUAUCUCUGUGUGUGUAUUGAGGACGCAGAUAAGUGCUCGAGACAUCAAAUUUAGAGAGGAGAGGAGAAGAGAGAGACUGGCAGAGGCUGUGCGGGCUCUAAACAAAUCGAGAGUGGAACGACGGUCGGUUAGCAUUUUCGAGGGGUCCGUCGUUGACAAAAACUGGUGAAAAGCGUCAACAUCGUGAUUGGAAAUCGUUACUCGCAAGGAAAAGCGCAAGAAAACAAGCUACAGCUCGACGUAGCUGCUCGUCGUAUGAAAGUAGGAUUAGCUGCACUUCUUGACUCACCCUGUCUCUUUACUACCUAAUAUAAAGAAGCACACAACAACUAGCAGAGCGAGUAAGUGGUUCAGAUUUAGGCAGAAACAAAAACGUAGUUGUCCUUUUCCCGAGGCGGUCGUAAGGAUGACGGAUCACGAGAAGAAAUAUCUGAAGGCGGUAAUAAAAAACCAGGAGAUGCCCGUCAACAUGAUUGAGGAUAUAAUGCAGGAGAGCGUCAAAAUUAUGCAGGAGUAUUUAAAUUUAUUUGUGAUAUUAGUACUGAUCGUGUUAUGUCAACAAGGUCAAGUGGCACAGGGUCUUAGUCUUAGCGUCUAUUUGAUCCUUGAUGCUGAUCUGAAGUUCACAGAAGAUACAAAUUUAGGUAGAUAGACGACCAACACGCAGAUUACAAUGACACUUUCCGAUAAUUACGGAUCAGGUGCAGGACAGAGCGAGACAUAGCAGAUCGGCUAAAGAAGCACUGUGAUGACGCAUACACACCAUCAUGGAACGUCAUUGUUGGGAAGACAUUCGGCUCGUACAUAACGCACGAGACGAAAAGGUAUCUGUUAGAGUUAGUACUGUACACCUUAACAGCUUCAACUUCAACAUCAGAGAAAUUCGAAGAACGCCGAAGAGACUCAGGGAAGUCGUAGGUCCAGUCCGAACCGACUAACGUCAUCAGCACUGUUCACAUCUACUGUACUCUAAAAGAUGCAACUUGCAUGAUGCUGAUUGUUACAUUUUUACGAUGAUCAUAGAGAGCAAUUAUGUGAUUCAUGUUUAUUAUCCUCAAAACCCACCUAAAAAAGGUACAUUCAGUUCAACAUCGCGCACAUGAGUUUUCUUGUGUGGAAAUGCGGUUAGAUAGUGGAGGUUGGCGAGAACUACAGUUCUUAGGGAUUCCGGUCGUCGUGGAGGGGAGGCCGACUGCAUGAUACGAAAUUAAAAGUACAACGUGAACGUGCAACAAAUUCAUUCCGUCGAACAAUUCAUUUUGCUCUAUAAACUUGAUACACGUGGUGAACACCUCCAAUUUGCUUUUAAUUUUUCUCCGUGAUAUACUUUGAACCCGCGAACAACUGUCGAAAACUACUGGACGCGAAGAUCAGGGAUAAGAGAAUCUCAAAAGGCAGAUAAGAUUUCCUUGCAUCCGUAUGAGCUUUAUUCUCUCCCAUAGAUGAAGCACGCUUUUGCAUUGUAACCUCACUAUUUCCACCCCAUCAUAACAAGAACCUCCAGCACGAUCCGCCUUUAUCGACCUCGGAAU